CGCCGCAGCCGGGCCACGUAACGCCGCUACGCCGUAGUACGUUUACGUAGUUCACGUUAAACUCUUUAACGUUACCGACUUUGUUGUGAUUGUGAGUGGGUGUAUACUGUGGGAUUUUAGUGGUCUGUGAGUGGUUUUAACUGUUUAGUGAGUGUGCGAAUGUUUGGACUCGGUGGGUGAAACCAGAACUACUGUUCUGGCUCGCUAAACAAGUACUAAGUGAGGGCUGUUCUGCACUACUCGACUGCAUUGAUUUAAAGAACCGAAGAGGAAAUAAUGGAUGAACCCCGGCUAGACAGAUGAAGUCUAUGGCCCCUCAGCGUUGGGGCUGACACCAUGACGCCGGCUGGCCUCCUGGUCUUCAGCUCGCUGCUCACGAGGACGCUCUGUGUGAUCGCGCCACAAAUACCAGACUUCAGCACGGGCGAGAAGAAGGUAGUCAACGGGCCGUUCUGGCAUGAGGUCAUCACGGAGCUGUACGAGGACCACGAGGAUGACGUGUCGACCACGACGACGGAGCCGUUGCCCAUCUUUGAGGACGACGCCUCCACUAACAACGUGACGGCGCAGCUCGGGAGCCGGGUCCACUUGCACUGCAGGGUGCACGACUUGGGGGAGAAAACUAUAUCAUGGGUAAAACGGCGCGACGAUGAGCUCCACCUGCUUUCAUUCGGCCGUCACACAUACUCCGCGGACUCUCGCUACUCGCUUGCCUUCGAGCACCCGAACAACUGGCGCUUGCUCAUUCAGUAUGUGAGCGAGCGGGACGAAGGAUUCUACGAGUGCCAGAUAUCGACGCAUCCGCCGUUGGUGCGAAGAGUACACUUAUCUGUCGUCGUACCAAAAGUGGAAAUAAUUGACGAGCGAGGUCGUCCGCUUCAAGACAAGUUCUACAAAGAGGGCUCCAUCAUAGAGCUCCGUUGCAUCGUGAGCGAGGUCCCGCAGCCCACUAGGCAGGUCAACUGGAAGCAUGGGGCCAGGCUGCUCAACUACGACACCAAGAGAGGAGGCAUCAGUGUGAAAACCGAGGCGACAGCGAACGGAGCGCUGUCGCGGCUGUACAUCGCCAACGCGAACCGGCAAGACUCCGGCAACUACACCUGCUCGCUCGCAGACGUCGCCGCUUCUGCCGUCUCCGUGCACGUGCUCAGAGGCGAGAAUCCUCUGGCGAUGCAGCGAGGCGGGUCGGUGGCGUUCUCGCAUCCAACGCUGACGCUGCUGGCCGCGCUCGCCAGCUGACACUUGGCCGGCGCGUGGUGGACGCGCGCCGUGUGACCUCACACCUCUAUGAUUAUCGCUAGGACUAUCGUGGUUCAUGGUUGGAAUUAACUUCCUUUCAUUUUAUGGUCAUCACAAAGUUCAUUACGGUCACUGAUGCCGGAAAAUUACUGCUGUAGCAAAAUUACUGUACACGUGCGAGCUACUUAGCAUAGGUAUGCGAUUAUCCUCGAGAUAUCAAGAAGUCGUAAAUUGUGUAAAUUCUGAUAGAAAAGUGAUGGGUUUAAUUUCAAAGCAAAUAACACACUGGUCACAUUGUCAAUUUUAUUAUGAACAAUUUAAUUGUUCACAUGUAAAUACGAUUGAAAAUAAUUACGAAUAAAACAAUGGUUAAAAUAAAACCCAACGAAACAAUGGCAUACCAAAACUGUGUGUGAGUUCGUUAAACUUCGGCGCAAUUUUUCCUAUAUAAAUUUUACUCAAACGAUUUAUUAAUUAAAUAAAUUGUUGUAUUUGUUUAUUUUUUCCAUAGAACUGUUUCCUGCUAGAGCUGAGUGAACUGAUGUUUGGGACGUGCUCAUUAUUUUGAUACGAGGCGAAUUUGCACCUACUGCAGUGACCUGCAUCGCCUGCAUUGAUGCGAAAUAAAAAUAAAAUCUAGCAUUACUCGUAAUACUCGUACACAUGUAUAACAACAGAAUUGAAGCUGAACUAUAUCUUUUUAUGAAUAUAUCCGUUAUAUUGUGUUCUAUGGUUAUAUCAGCAGCUGAGCGCAAGUGCAGCUGUGUUAUGCUUUGAGUAGUCACAUUCAAUCGUAUGUUUGCUGGCGAAAUCCGAUAAGUUGAGCAAUCUGGUUGUUUUAAUUCGAACUAUGUGUAAUUUCCACAAUGUUCUUAUUUCAAAUAAAAAAUAUCUCAAUUUCUCGGGUUUAUAUUAUAGGUAGAUGCCUGGGUGCGUAGCCGAAUGGCACAAACGCUCACGAAACGAAACGCUCGUAGAUAUCGAUCUCUAGCGCUCUUGCGUAUUGGCUACGUGCACGACAAUUACGCCCACUGGCAUGUGAACUUG